AUACCAAAUAAUCAACCAUACCACAGACAGACAACCUUUUUCCCACUCAACAAAUCUGAUUUGACAUUUAUCAAUUUCUCUGUUUACAUUCAUCUUUCUCAUGUCAAGAACACAUUCUUACCUCUCUCAUAUAUAUAUAAAAUCUAGAACCAUAUUAUCUUUGGUAAAAGUGAAUCUCAAAAACUGAGUGAUAUAAAGCUAUAUAUAUAUAUAUUGAGAGAGGGAGUGGGAGAGAGUGAGAGAGAGAGAGAAUGGGGAAGGGAAGAGCACCUUGUUGUGACAAGACCAAAGUGAAGAGAGGUCCAUGGAGCCCAGAAGAAGACCUAAAACUCAUCUCUUUCAUUCAGAAGUUUGGUCAUGAGAACUGGAGAUCUCUCCCCAAACAAUCUGGGCUAUUGAGGUGUGGGAAGAGCUGUCGUCUAAGGUGGAUUAACUACCUUAGGCCAGAUCUGAAGCGUGGCAACUUCACUUUAGAGGAGGAAGAAACAAUCAUUAAGCUUCACCACAACUAUGGGAACAAGUGGUCGAAAAUCGCUUCUCAACUUCCAGGAAGAACAGAUAACGAGAUCAAGAAUGUGUGGCACACUCAUCUAAAGAAAAGAGUGGUUCAGAGGUCAGGAAGUGCAGAUGAACCGGCCUCGCCUUGUUCGAGUGGUUCUGUUUCUCGUGGGAAAGACGAUAAGUCGUCUCAAGUAGAAGAUUAUUUGAACAGAGAGAAUAAUCAGGAGUCUACAUCUCUGUCUUCUGGUGGUUCCAACCAUUCCAAUCAACAAGAUGAUCCAAAGAUCACGUUUGAGUAUAUAGAAGAAGCUUAUAGUGAAUUUAACGACAUUAUUCAAGAGGUAGACAAACCCGAUCUGCUGGAGAUACCUUUUGAUUCAGAUGCUGACAUAUGGAGUUUCUUAGAUACUUCAAACUCCACUGCAAAUGAGAACAGCUCAGGUUCAAGAACAACAGAAGAAGAGUCUGAUGAGGAAGAGGUUAAGAAAUGGUUCAAGCACCUGGAAAGCGAACUCGGGUUAGAAGAAGAUGAUAACCAACAACAACAUAAACAGGGAACACAACACAAAGAAGAAGAAUCAUCAUCGUCACUGUUGAAGACCUACGAGCUCAUGAUACAUUAAUGAAAUCCAAUUACUUUAUGGUUUCUUCUAUAAAAUUAGAUAACUUUAUUUUCGAUAUCAACAUAUAAUGCAAAGGUAGAGAGAAAAUGUAUUUGGCAUUUUUAUUUGUAGCCAGUAGAUAUAUAAAACAGAUCUGGUCAAAAGAUACAAUAUACUAAAGCUUAAGACUAAUUACUAUCUAAAAGAAAGAUUCUUUCUCUAGUCUAAAGAAUCUUGAAGAAAAUUGACUGAUAGCUUCGUAUUGAAA